AAAAGAAGAAGAAGAAGAAAAAAAAAGAAAACCACAAAAAUAACCGAGCACGUAUUUCCUUCAACAGCUUCGGAUCCACGACUGUGGUCCCGCGAGGACGUAGCGACGUUCCUCCGAUGGGCCGAGCGGGAAUUCGAUUUACCCCAGUUCGACAUGGACAUGUUCCAAAUGAACGGGAAAGCGCUCUGCUUGUUGACAAAGGCCGAUUUAGGAGAAAGAUGUCCAGGAGCCGGUGACGUGUUGCACAACGUGCUCUCGAUGCUGGCCAGAGACUUCAGCCAGCUUCAGAGGUGUCUUCCCAGCAGCCCUGUCACGCCUACGAGGCCAUCUGCGUACCCCCUCAGUCCCCAUUCGCAUCCUCCUACACCAACCUGGACGGAGAAUCCGUACACGGCGAAUCUGGCCUCGUUAAUGUCCGCCAAUUCGGUGACACUGUCCCCGGCGCCGUCGGUCGACAGUCAAGCAGGCUCGCCAGGGCACACGGAAGGAACCCAGAGCCAGGUUUACAAGAGCGAUUCGGACGAGGAUAAUCAACAAGCAGCGACCGGAAGCCCACCGGCCACGCCGACCGCCCUCGCUGCGCAAAGGUUAAGCGAGGUUUGCGUGAAGGAUCAACCGAGCCCCACGUUAACGCAACCGAUGAUGCCUUUGACGCCUGGUGCCUUCAGAACGAACCCUGCCAACGCCGCGAGAGAAUUCUUCCCCAGCGAUUCCCCGGAGCCCAACACCAGUAAAUGGUAGACUUCUGUGGGAUUUUCUUCAACAACUUUUAAAUGAUCCUUCGCAACGGUAUACACACUACAUCGCGUGGAAAAGUCGGGAAACUGGUGUGUUCAAGAUCGUCGAUCCACCUGGUCUUGCGAGGCUCUGGGGUAUCCAAAAGAAUCAUCUUUCAAUGAAUUACGAUAAAAUGAGCAGAGCCCUCCGAUACUAUUACAGAGUGAAUAUCUUGCGAAAAGUUCAAGGAGAACGGCACUGUUAUCAGUUUCUGCGGAAUCCAACGGAGCUGAAGAACAUAAAGAACAUAUCUCUGCUGCGUCAGCAAAUGCGGAUAAAGUCAGAACCGGAAGAAGAAGGCGGAAGUGGCCAGCAGCAGCAGCAGCAGCAGCAGCAACAACAACAACAACAACCUCUAUCUCUUCACGAUCCACCUGCAAAGUACAGAAGUCACGCGUACAAUCUUGUGAAAACUAAUCAGGAAUCGGAAGAGAAAAAGUGA